AUGCCCGACGAAUCGAUCCUUUCGAUAACUCAUCACCCGCACGUCCUACACACCACACCACAUCAUACCACGUAUAAGUACUUUGCCUUAUUUCGGUACUCCUACUGCUUUCCUCCUCCGCAUCCAAUCCCAACGACCAAACACGAAUCCACCAGUCCUCACACACUUCUAUCGCCCAUCAUCAUGUCGACUGGGAAUUUCUCCAGAGACUUCAUCGUUGCCAUUGCCGCGGCAGCGUCGGCAACCAUCGCCUUCACCAUCCUGAUCUGCGUCUGUGCCCAAUGCGGACCGAAUCUGCUGGGCCGUGUGUCAGUGGGUGAGAACUGGUUCCAACCGGGCAAAAAGGACGAAAAGAGAGAUCUGCCAUUCGUGCAGAGUAGCAAAACUCUGACGCCUGGGGAAUACGUCUAA